AUGGGAUGCUUUACCAUUGGGCCAAACGUGGCGCCCCUGAGUCCUGCCCUCGACUGCCGAUUGACCUGUCCGCAGCCGAUGAUCUACGAGCUGUGCUUGACUUUGAUCGCAACACUUUGGUUGACUGGUGGCAUUUCCUUCUUUAAGUCUUGCAAUCAGGGGCGCGAUUCCAGAGGCCGUUCGAGCCUUCGUGAUGCCUCGCACUUGCUAGGGCGAGACAGCCUUCCUGCCAGCGCCGCUUCACUGGUGCAGCACGACAACAGCUUGGCGCAAGCCGUGGUCGACCUGCUGUUCCGAGCUUACGAAACUCGGGCUCUCGUCAGCCUGAUCGGUCCAGCGGCAUCAGGAUUUUCUGCAGUGGUUCUUCGCUUUGAAUUGGCCGAUCAGGAGCUUGACACUUGCACCGAGCCGACUCUUCAGCUUUCCCAGGCCUCAGACGCUGCUGUGAUAAGUCCCACAAACACCUACCUUGGGUUCCUUCUUCUGCAGCUGAAAGCUUCGGUGACGCCUCGCUGCCGGCUGAGUUGUGCCAAAAGCUUUGCCGUGCCGCCACGGCUGCCUGCCAGGGAUUACGGGAAAGCAAAGUUGACCUCUUGCACAGCCGCCAACUCCGAGCUCAGGUCCCUAGUGGAGCUGAUUACAAAAUCCUCUCCCAAGGCCGGGGACCUGGCAGGUGUGUAUUUCUCCAUGGAGGAGCACCUGCAUCGCGCCAGUGGGCUACCCAGCCCAGCCGACAAUAGCACUCGCGUGCCCGAUGCUGUGCGCCGCAACAUCUUUGCCAUUCUCACGGAAGGUCCCGUGGCUGUGUCCAAGCGGCGGAUGCUUGAACUGAAAUCCUUGAACGACCGGAUGGCGGUGCUGUCUGCCGCUGAGAAGGAGCUUCGAGCCAAGAUGCAUCCGGAUGUGGAGCGAGUCACUAAGGGCAAGGCCCUAGCUUUGUUUCGCGAGCUACUCGAGGAAACGGGUUUUCCCGACAUGUCGGUGGUCGACCUCCUCACCGACGGAGUGCCAUUGGUUGGUCAGGAAGCCGAGUCACCCUUGUUUGCUAAGAGGCCGAAGCCUAUGGACCUCGAGCCCGAUCAGCUCAAAGCCCAGGCUCUCCUGCGGCGACGCGCAUUGCAAAAGAUGAAGGGGCUUACUUCAGAGCAGGAUUACAAGGCGAUGAAAGAUGAAACUUCCGAGGAACUGGCAGCGGGUUUCCUCACGGGUCCAUACCACUCGGAACAGGAAGUUAGCAACAUCUUGAAGACAGAUGCUUGGUCGCUCUCGCCUCGCUUUCUGUUGAGGCAGGGCGAAGACGCCAAGAUAAGGAUAAUUGAUGAUUUCAAAAUGUCCGCGGUGAACAGGGCCUUUGGUUCUUCAUCUUUCCUAGAGCUUCAGGAUACGGAUUACGCAGUCGGCCUCCUGAGGUUCUUGUCCCGUGUGCUGCAGGAUCGCUCCAAGGUCCGGGUCCCCUUGACUGAUGGCACCGUGCUUGAGGGAGCCUGGGAUCCUCAGAUGCUCCGCCAGCCCGCUCUGCUAGGAAAGACGCUGGAUUUAAGCAAGGCCUAUCGCCAGGUGAGCAUCCAUCCCUCCACGAGGGAGCACGCUGUCCUUGGCUUCCCCGACCCACAGGGCAGGCUGCUGGACUUGCUAGGGUGGGCCUACGCGAAGUCCGGGAAAAAGUUUGUGCCUUUUGACAGCAAAGUGGUCUCCUUGGGCGUCUCUUUGGGCCUUGAUGAAAUCUGGCGAGGCAUUCUCAAGGUUGAGAACAAAGCUGGACGACUUGAAAAGAUUGCAGCUCUCCUCCGAACCGUGGCCCAGGGUGGAGAUGUGACGAGAACCGAUCUGGCAUCGCUUCAUGGCUUGAUUAACUUCGCCGGUGGACUGAUUAUGGGCUUUGAGCUGAAGCCUACUUCUCGAAUGCUCACUCGGGCCUUGUCAGGACCUUUCCUAGGAAACACGACCGAACUUCGACAAGCGUGUGCAUUAGCACUGGAUGUCAUUGCGCAGUGCCGGCCGAAGCGGUGCCCGGCCACAAUCCUGCCGCCGAUUGUACUCUACACGGAUGGAGCCUUCGAGAAGGGGCGAGGAACCUGGGGCGCGGUUCUUGUCGACGCUCACACGGGCUCCCGAUGGGUUUUCGGGGGAGAAGUUUGCAGACCGCUGAUGGAUCACUGGGGCAAGGAAGCUGGGGCCCAAGUGAUUUGCCAGGUCGAAGCCUACGCUCUGGCCAUAACCUUGUUCGGGAUUCGCGGUCUCUUGAAAGGUCGCUCGGUCCUGGCAUGGAUCGACAACAAUGCCUGCCUCUACGGAUUCGUGAAGCGAUUCUCGCCCUCGGCCUCGCUGAUGCGCCUCAUCUCCCUUGGGGCCUUGAUGGAGAGCUCGAUGGAGGCGCUUAUGUGGCUUGAGCGGGUCCCCUCGAAGAGGAGGGGUGGCCAUCGCCAACAGCGCGACGACCGCAGGGACGACGACUAUGACGAUCAGGAGCCCGAAGAAGAAGAGAGGCCCCGUGAGAUUCUAGCCAGGCAACAAAAAGGCAAGGGGAAGGGCAAGGACCCUGCACCCACGACAGGCCCUGGGAAAGGCAGGGGCAAGAAUUCGGAUCGUGGAAAAGGACGUGGGGAGCAGCCGCAGAACCGGCCCCCGAAUCAGACCUCCACUCGCCAACAAGACCAGCGCCAGCAGGAAAGGCGAACCGACAGGCGGGUGGAACCAGACCAAGAUCGCAGCCGCGAUAGGAACUGGGACCAAGCAGACCGACGGCCCACUGGAGGCCGAAACCGCGACCAGGAUGACGACUGGAACGGCGGAGGAUGGAUUGACUACUCGAAGAAGUGGGAGAACUGGCGCUCCUACAAUGAGGACAGACGCCAAGAUAGCAGAAGAGACGAUCGCCCACGAACCGAGAGAGAUGAAGCUCCCCCUCGCCGGGUAGAGCAGCGCCGAGAUACUCGAGAUUCCCCGCAGAAGGGCCAAAGGUGGGAGGCCGACGACCGGCCCCCAGCUACGGAGAGCAGCCUUCCCGCCACCCUGCCGCGUAGCCCGCCCCAGUCAAAGGCUCAAACAGCCAGACAAGAGGAGCGCUGGCAGCUGCUUCGGGGCAAUCUCAGGAAGCUGAGACAGAACGGGGCUACGGAACACAUGGAAUCCUUCUUCGGCCGAGGCCACCACACAAAGAAGCACGACUCUUUUCACAAAGAAGUGAAAUUGCCUGCUUAUGGGAACUGGAACUGGGCAAGCUUUGCCCACUUGCUCUGUGGAGAGCUCUACGGGAACCCGGAGACCUCAAAAGAGGGGUCCUACGGAGCAGCCAUCGAGGGCUGGGUCGGGACAGUCCAUGCUGAAGAGGACCCCGAAUUCAGAGCCAUGUAUACCUGGAUCGUUGAAUCCAUGGACACAUGGGUCGAUCUCUUAAGUGAGAUCCCCAGCCAGAUGCAUGACAUCAUGGGUUGGAAGAUUACGGAACCGGAGGUGGAUCGGCUCCUACAACACUUCUAUCCGGGUGCCCGGCACCAUCAAGAGGCCCCGUCAUCCUCCUCGCAUCAGGACAGGGAAGAGCCGCAUUCGGCCCCUGCAAAGAACGCCGAUCAUCAGACCACCGGCGAUGACUACUACUAUGAUGAUGACGACGAAGACGAAGAAGAAGAAGAGGAGGAUGAGUACUGGGGCAGAGCGGAUGCGGCUCAGGACGACGCCCGACAGGGCUAUGUCAAGGAUGAGACCGAUCCCGCAAGCCUGGCAGCCCUUGGCAUCUAUGAGGAGGUGCCGGAAACACCGGUCCCCGAAACAGGAUCGGCCCACACGAGUGCCCACAGCACACUGACCGAGGAGCCGUCGGGUCGCCUGGAGCAGGCCCCCACCUUCACCCCGUACUCCUUCGCAUUCCCGCCGACAAGGCUCAACCACAAAAGGGACGAGACACUGUCGAAGCGGUUGAGUAAAGUCUUACGGCACGACAAGGGUGAGUUCGGCUUGACCUUCCACAAGAAUGCUACGGCAUCGUUGGAGUCAAUCACCAGGUUGGAUAUAUUCGCCCAAGUAGGGGCGACGAUGGAGGAAUUAUUGGCAGUGAACUACUGGAACAAAAAACAACGGUUUCGCAUCUUGUAUGCCCGCGAGAACGGCGCCUCCCGCAUUGUUGCGGGAGCGGUGCAGGGCCACAGCCGAGAAGUGGACCCGGAGGCUGUCCAUGUCAGGGUCGACCCCAAAGCGGUCCCCUUCCUCCUACACGCCACGCACUACGAGUUCUACAAGAAGAUUUUCAAUGAAGGACUCCACCCCCUCCUGGAGACAGCAGCUGCACCUAUUGCCCGACGAGAAGGGAAGCGAGAAGACUCCGACGAGCAGUACACUCUCGUGACCACCGCACAGGCUGGAUCGAAUCUGAAGUCGUUAUGCACCAGUGCUCACAUCCUGCUCUCACAGUUGUACCUGCUACCUGUUAUGGAUCAACAGGGGAAUGAGCCCCCUCCAUCACCUGGGCCCCUCUCAGCUAGCACAGGCCGAAGCCGCAUGUCCUCCGACUCAGAUAUUGAGUUUUGGGCACAGCUUGAACAGGAAUUUCCGGAUGCGGAUUGCGAUAGUGACGACAUCAUGGAGUGGACACCACCCGAGGCUGCCGCAACCGGCCCUCCCAUAGAUCCACCCUACCGGCCGAUCAACCCGGGGAAGCAACGAGCAGGCCAACGGAAUAUUGAGAGACUCAGCAUCCUGUCCCUUAAUGUUGGCUCCCUCUCGACGUUGCUAUGGUCCGAGUUAAAGGAGUACUUGGCAAAGGCUCAGGCUGACAUAAUUUGCCUCCAGGAAGCACACUGGUCCACGACCUCAGAGUUCGUUGUUCAGGGAUGGCGUGCAGUUCACUCGGGCACCACGGCCCGAGCUGACGGAGUUCUCACACUUGUCCACCCGCGACACAACAAGCACGUGGUGAGGCAUGAGGAGAUUGUCACAAGAUCCAUCACGGGUAUUCCCCUCCGGGCCACACUCAUAGUGGCUGGCCCGGACGCCCUGGACCCAGCCGCAUUGGGAAUAUUCAUGGAAACCAACGGGCUAGUGGGUACGAGCCAAAUCGACUACAUCAUGACACGAACAAUCACGGCGGACCCACGCGCCAAGUAUGUUAAGGUGGCGAAGCCGCCGAUUGGAACGUGGCGUCUUCACAUAGGCCACUACAGCCUGGCAACGGACAUCCGCAUUAUGAAUCAUCAUCUGCUUCCCGCUCGACGUCCUGCGCAACCGGCGUACAACAAAAAAGCGCUGGACGAAGCUGUUCGACAUGGAACAGCACAGGCGCAACAGUUGAAACUUGAAAUCAAGAACAGGGUUGAGCUCCUGCCACAGGCAACGAUCCGCUACCGCCUGGCGGCAAAAAAGGCUCAGCAGAAAUGUUAUGCGGACAAAAGACAGGCCACACUCUCGCUCUUGCUCUUUGAUGAGGGCCGCCAGGACUUUGGCCUCUGGGCUCAUCAGUCCUAUGGGUCUUAUAGGGCCGAUGGUUGUGACGGCGCCUUCCCUGGCUUUGGCAGCCAGAUGAUCCAAGCAUCAGUCCACCUGGAGGGAAGGGUGACAUUGGCUUGGGCGUACGUUGCCAUGGUAAAUCUUAGCAAGGGGGCGAUGGAUGCUGCGCCAACCCUCCACGCAGCAGUCGGGCGCCAGUUGCUUAACGACCUGGUAAACUUUGCGUUGGUCCCCUCCAGAGUGCACUCCUGGAUGAGUCUCUUCCGGACCACUCUAAGCAGAGCUGGUACCGGCAGAUUUGCCCUCAAAGCUCGCGAAGAGGACGACACCCAGAAAGACCUCUGCGUGGGAGGAGCUAUCCUUAGUCUGGAUCUCAAACAAGCCUUCGACAGGGUUGAGAGGACGGCACUGGCCUCCUCCCUCAAACGACUGGGUGCUCCAGCUGACCUCAUCGCUGCGGUCAUAGCUCUACAUGAUACGUCGUCGUAUCACCUCCAAGACGACUUCCACGAAACCUCGGUUGACACUACUCGUGGUAUUCGUCAGGGAUGUCGCAUUGCGCCCCUUCUCUGGGUGGCGAUAUCCACCACGAUUCUGCACAAUCUCCGGGAUGCCCUUUCGGGCCCCGAGCACCAGGGAACUACAUUCGCUGAUGAUACCCUGUGCCAAUGGCUAAUCGAAAGUGUCAACGACGUCCACCAGCUAGCCAAGCUUCUAGCGCAAGUGCUCAAGGUUAUGGCAGAACUGGGCCUCCAUGUGAACCUCACCAAGACGGCGCUGCUCCUCAAAAUUCGGGGCCCCGGCGCCAAGAGGGGUGUCGGCAGCCAGUCCAGUUCCUUCUCCAAUUUGAGCGUCGUUGUCUCUGAUUUUGUCAACAAAGAACUGCAUUCCAUCAUCUUGCAUAAUACCAUCACCCGCCCCUGCGGCCUUCUCGGCCGCACCGACACCGCCCGACUACUUUUCAGCAGCUUUAAGCUAAGUGCGUCUAGCCAGCCCUGUGCAUGGACAGCCGGCCGGGUCAACCGGCUGGAGGCUCAGGUGCACCAAGGCCGCAACUGGCUCCUGCACCUAGCAGACAGGGCCACUUCCCUGGAGGAGGUUGCUGAAUCAGAUGCAGAGGUGCUUCCAGCGGAGAACAAUCGUGGCAGCUUGUACCGCAGGAUCAGCCGGUGGGGCACAACGGGCGCCAGCCUACAGUUGCUCGGCUCCGUAUCGCUUUCCCUUGCAACGCCGAGACCAGUUCAGCCCUCAACAACAGCUUUGCGAGCACCUUCAGAGUUACACCCGCCUGCCUUUCGUGAGCCGGUCGCCGGCUUGGUCACCAGCAAGGAUAAUCAUCAGGCGUGCGAUGAGCGCAACAAGGUACUUUUCGACCAGCUUUGUGCAUCGCAUGGUGCCUACAGCGAGGUGCUGCAACAGCUUUCAGGGAGUCGCGAGGGCGCAGUGAUCAAGUCUCGGCUGCUCAGCAAGGUCAGUGACACCACGGCGGCCCGCUACCUUCGCUCAGUCCAGCUUUUCUUUUGUGCCUUUGAGGAGCUGGGUGGCAACAUGGAGUCCAUCGACCAAGGUCUCUUCCUUGAUGCUUUCUUCGCUUUAUCUCGAGGCUCCGAACCAGGCCCCCUUUCCAACAGCAUCAAUGUGCUCAAGGCGCUGCGCUGGUACAAGAAGCUUCCCAAUAACCUGUACGGCACAGCUUUCAGUCUCCUCUCCAAUCCGUCUGGCCAGGAGAAACGAGAGAGCAUACCACUGCCGCUUUCUUUUGUGGCCUUCCUUGAGCGCACACUGCUUUCAGGCACAGCCAGCUUGAUGGACAACAUCUGGGCGGGGUCGUUCUUGGUGGCAAUCGGCGCGAGCCUCCGCUUCGCGGACGCCCAGCACGUCCGCUGGAGCUCACUUUGUGUGAGCCACUUCACUUUACGGGGAAUAUGCUACAGAACCAAGACCACCAAAGGCGGAUGCCCCUUUGGUCUUCUCAGCUUCGGCCCCUUUUCGUCCGCUGAGGAAUGGGGGCUGACUUGGCUCCCCCGCUGGCUGGGAGCAUUGGACAAGGUUUGGUCCGACCUCCGCUCCCGCUUUGGGGCCCAGCCGGAGCCAGACUGCAUGUUUUUCCUCUUAAGUGAUGUAGGCUUUGCUCCGGCCACUUAUUCACAGGCCCUUCAGAAGUUGCGCCACUGGCUGACGCUUUCAGGGAUAGAGCCGCACCAAGCUUCUCAAUAUACGCUUCACAGCUUGAAGACGACCUUCCUUUCGUGGGUGUCUCAGCUUUCUAUCCCAAUGGCGUUCCGCUUUCUCCAGGGCCGCAACACCGAGGUGGACAAUCACCGCUUGCCGAGCCCCUCUUCGAGACGGCGGGGUUCCAAUGGGACGGCGAACUUCGCGAAGCCCGAGAGUCAUGUCGACCACUUCGAGGACUCAGAUGCUGAUGAUCCAGGCCCGGCUCGCUCUUCAGCGAUGGUCGCAUCCACUUUGGAGGUGCGGUAUCUGCUAGGAGCAUCCGGGGUGGCACACUUCAGCAUCUCCCACCCCGGCUCCCGCAUGACCUGCUUGGCGUGCAAGGAUGCCCACUAUCAGCUUAUGAAACAUAAUCCCGCUUUACUUCCAGCGUGGGUCAUGGCCAAGUUGUCCCCCGACUACGUGUUCAGCCUCCUCAAAAGCAUGAAUGAGGAUGAGAAGGCCCACUUUUUGAGGCGAAUGGAAGGAGAACCGCUUCUUCCUUCCACAACGCCGGCACCCGCUUUGGCAGCAGCACCUUCGGAGCAGCCUGCUUCGAGUACCGUGGUCGACCCCAUCGGGGACUUUAUCGCUGCCGAAGAUUACGGGACACCGGCCGCUUCUACGUCUUCUCCCUCGCCUGCUGCACCCACUUUGGAGGCACCAGCGGAGCCUAAAGCAGCCACCAGUGGUGAGCGCGCCCCCACGGGAGCCACUUCAGCUGCUCAGGGAGACGAGGCCAACGCCGAGGCCACGGGUGACGGGGUCACGAACGCCAAACGCUGGCAACGUGAACCCGAAGUCAAGGAACCGCCGCCGCGACCUCCUUCGUCGCCCGCUUUGGCGUCGACCACCCCAAAGGCCGGGGCACCGCUGCUGAAGUCGAAGAGCAUGGCUACGCCCGCUCCACCCGCUUCGGCGGCCACUACGCCCCCGGCGGCUAAGCCCAGCGCCCCUCCCGCUUCCAAGGCCCCGCCACCGCCGCUUGUGGAGGAGGGCACCACGGGCGGAAGCUCGGGAAACACAGGGCAACAGCCGCCCGCUUCAACACCACAGCGCGAGAUAGCCCCGCUUCUCGCUAGUGACGCCCCAGCUUCCCGCUUGGGACACACUAUCUAUGAUAGCGAAGGCCGGGCCACUUUGCAGCUGGUUCAAUUGUGGGCAUGCCGCCGCCAGUGUUCCCAAUGCGCUCAGGGACACUGUCAGGCGACAUUCAGCGACAGAUCCAACAGCUUCCACGUGAACCACUUAUGCAGAGACUGCAAACGCGCUCGUGGGCGUGAGCGCCAGGAGGCCACUUCGCAGUGGAACCACGGCCAAGAUGAGUGGGGCCAGAGCCAGACCGCUUGGGAAGACUCGCCCGCUUGGAGCUCCUGGAACUGGUCUGGUCUCUUCGCCAUGGCCGACUUCGCGCAGCUCGUGUCGGACUGCAACGUGCCUCCUGCGGUGGCCUCUCUGCUCUCGGCGUUUGACACUGCUUUGUACGCACGUGCUUGCACCACUUCGGCAGAGCUAGAAGAAUUGGUCAACCACUUUAUGGCCGAAGCCUCGGUCACAGAAGCAGCGGAACGCUUCAUCACCAAAGCGUCGUUGCGCUUACUCCUCUUCAAGUGUCGACAGUCAGAGGGCAUGGCAUCCUUAGAAGCUACUUCCAGCGCUGCUCUCCCGCUUGGAGAAGCGCCUUCAACGGCUGUGCCAACCGCUCCGGCCGCAGUCCCGCUUUCUAGCUCAUGGCAGGAGGCUUGGCCUGCAAAACUCAGCGGCGAACGCACCGCAGCGCUUAGGAAAAGGUUCGAGGAGGAUUACCCCACUGAACUCCUCGAUGCCGAGAGCUUUCCGAGCGCCCGCUUGUUGGCCCUUACCAAUAAGAUGCUUUCAGAAAAGGAAGUUCGAUGGAUUCCCUGGAAGUACCGCUUAAGUGCAAGGGCGCAAGAAGACAGCCUGCUUAUCAGGCCCAAGAAACAGGCCCGCUUUGACCUCGCGGAGUUCUUCUUCGACGAGGCUCCGACCCGGGAUAUACAUGAAGGCCCCGCUUCUUUCAGCUUCGUGACACAGCUUCUCUCACUUGCUGCGAACGCGAUCGCUUUAUGCCAGGGGGCACACCUAGGCUCCCUGAAACUCUACAACAGAAAGUUCACCCGCAUUUGCUUCACCAAAUACGAGGCCUCCGCCAGCCUACGGGGCCCCACUACGAUGGAAGCCCAGGCAGCUGAUCGCCGAUGUUGGGAAAUCAUCGCCGACUUAGUCAAUGUGCAUCAUUGGAAGCUAGAUGAUGCGCUUCACGAGGUGGCGGAGGUGCGAUCUGAUUUGCACAGCUUACUUGCGCCCAGGCCAUUCAUACCCAAACCCAAGAACGACCCGGACAACAGCUGGAAGGCCGGCUCCAAAGGCAAUGGCCGUGGAGGCAAAGGCGGGGGCCGUGGCGGCAAAGGCCGCGAUGGCAAAGGCGAGAAGGGAGAGCGCUUCGAGCGAGGCGGCAAAGGUGGCAAAGGCAAGGACAACAAGCAGGCGACGCCUCCCGGAAAAUGGCUUUCAACCAUCUUCAUGGAUGGCAAGCGCCAGACUCUUUGCAUGCGUUACCAGAGCGGUCAAUGCAAGGACCCAGCCACGUGCCGCUAUUUGCACAGAUGCGCAGUGCCCAAGAGUGAAACCCACUUCAGCGACCAGCGGGACAUCGCUGAGGAGGUCACAGUUGUCCCGCUUUCAGUGCCUGCUCAACCAUCAGGUUCAGCAGGGGCAACCUCGGCACUGCCCAAGGCUAGUGCCCCAGUAUCCAGUGCAUCUUUGGCAAUCAGUGAAGGCUCCCUCGACUUCGCUACCUGCUUGGAGCUUUUAGCGCAGUACUUUUCCAUUCCCUUCAUUGAUGCCGCAAGCCCCACCGAUAAUGCCAUUGACGCUUCCGGAGCAUAUUUCAACCUGGGAGCUUUCUCCUUUGACAACGGCACCAGGUCGGGGAUAUUUCAGCGCACUGAACAAUUUUCCGAUGUACUUCGUUUCUUGAACGCCUUCAUGCAGCUUCAGUUCCCGGGUGCCUCUUGGAGCUCCUUGUGCGUGAGUCACAACGUUCGUACUCGCCUACAUACGGAUGCUGGCAACGCUUCAGGAACACUCAAUCACACAGUUUCACUCGGCAAUUUCAGCGGAGGUGAGAUCUGGAUUAGCCCAGCUUUGGACCCCUCGGCUGCCAACAUCCCGGCCCCCUUGGAGGCCUCAUCCGAGGCCCAUAGAGCGGAAAAUGCAGGCAAAGGUGAAUUGCGCGACACCUGGCAUUCACCGCUUUCCUUUGGCUGUGAAUCCCUCCACUGCACGAUGCCGAUCCAAGGAGACAGGUGGGUAUUGACUGCCUACACUUGCAGGAACCUGCACAGCUUCGACACGAAGUCGCUGGCACACUUAAGGUCGCUGGGGUUCCCAUUGCCUCCGGUACCUACAACACUUCCUCAGGCUGCACCCCCUGCACUGAAGGACAACGCGCACGUCGAGAUCUUCUUAGAUAUUUGCUGUGGUGCCUCUCACCCACUUACCACGGCGAUCUCAUCAUGUGGCAUCAUAUGUUUGCCCAUUGAUCUGCUUGGUGAGGAGCAGCUGGACCUCUUGGACGACGACACGUACGAUCACCUCCUUCGGUUAUGCUUCUCAGGCAUUGUACGUUGUGCUCAUGGAUCUCCACCAUGCAAAGAGUACUCCCGCUUGAAGCUACGCCCCGGGGGACCUGCUGCUAUCCGAUCCCCGGAACAUCUCAACGGGUUGCCGGGCAAUACAGCUUCACAGCAGGAACGCGUGGUAAGCAGCCAGAAGCUUCUGUAUCGCUGUGUAUGCCUGCUUCGAGCCGCUUUCAACUCAGGUGCACAUGUGUCUCUGGAACAGCCCACGAACGCAAUGUCUUGGCUUGAACCAUUCGUACAGGACAUGCUCGCUGAGAUACAAGCUUCCCUGGUCAACAUCCCGGCGUGCUCAGUUGGCCAGAACGUAGCAAAAUCUUGGCUUUUCGCAUGCAGCUUCGAUGAUAUGCGAGCCUUGGCAGGUACAUGCUCUCAUUCGGAGGGCCACCCCUCUGUGGCCGGCGUCAGGGACGAGCUUGGCAACUUUUUGUCACAGCGCACCGCGGAGUACCCGGCCCAGUUAGCAAACCGCUUUGCUCAGCAAGCGGCUCAACUUUUCUCGUCACGCCGGCCCUCUCACAGCGUUCCAACUUGUUCUUUGGCUUUCGCACUCUCUUCGAUCCCUAAGAAGCCCCGGGCAGUGACACCUACAGCGUCACAGGAUGGAGGUGGCAUCUACUCCUUGCCGGACUGGUCAAUGGGCCCCAGAUACCAGUCUGACAGCUUGCACGAUUUGCGCAAAGAAUGGCAGUCCUGGCUUCUCUCGCACAGGAUACCACUUCGCCUUCAGCAACAUGUCGCAGCAGGCAGCAACAGCCCACUUUUCUCGGAAGAGGAAACAUCGUGGCUGCGUGGAUCCUUUAAACGCUUUUCGGACGCUCACUCCCCAGCUCAGGAUUGGGAUUUUUUCUGUUAA